AUCUGCCCUGCUGUCGUUGGCGUCCUGCAUAUUUCUAACAUCGCCAUCCUCCAUUCCAUCCGAGCAUUGACGGCCACCGUCCUGACUCUCGACGGCUCUCUCCGUCGCCCUGCUUCGACACGUUCGAUUUCAUAAUCCCAGCACCUAAACGACCUUCGCACGCGUCGGGGCCGGAACCUCCACAUGGACGGCGGGGGCUAUCUCCGGUCGCUCUACUCCUCGGUGGAGUCUCAAGGCAUGCUCUUUGUGCUGAUAUGGCACUCCCUAUCCGACGCCUCAAAGGCCCAGAUUCUAUGGAUUCUCAGGCUCCUGGUCAGGACGCUCUUCCAAAAGUUUUUGCAGCGAAUGCUUCCCGGUGGCGACGGCGCUCCUGGCUCAAGAAGGCAGCGACUCUCUGGCGACCGUGAAGGCGAUAGCCACCCAGCACAUCCUCGCGGCCGGCAUAACGGCAAAUUACUCCCACUGCAUGCUCCCACCAGCCCUUCAGAGUCCAAUUCCCCACGCAAUCCUCGAAAGACGCCCCUCUCGGUCAGAUUUGCCAAUGCACCCGACCAGAGCAGCAUCGUUGACACCCAUCCGACGCUUGUCGCAUCGCAAGGCCUGCACAAGACCCCUUCGCCAAAGCACGAUCUUCGCCGCGUCCUUCCAGCCCCACAGCCGAACGUCUCAAUUCUCCGAAAGGAUCCAAGUAUGCCUCAAAGCCGCUCGUACAACGAUCUUCUGCCCAUCUUCCGCCACCAAGCCGGGCGCUAUCCGCCUCACACAUUCUCCAGUCCACUCCAAGACGCGCUCAAGGCCCUGGUUGAUGUCGAAGCGUCCGCCGACUGGGUCCCCAGAUCGUCUUCCAACGGUAUUCGUAUCUCUGUGCGGGAAUCGCCGAAUCGCAAAGAUGGCAUGCCUCUCGUUCGCGGUGAUGGCGUGAUCUCCGGAGACUGGGGUAUCGAGGAAGUCGCCAGUGCCAUCUCAAGCUACCAGGCAAGAGCAGAGUGGGACAAGCGAUUCGACUCCGGUAGCAUUCUAUGUCAGUACAACCCGUUCGAGUCCCUUGCCUAUCUCACUCAGAAGGGCACCUUCCCCGUGGCCGGCCGCGACUUUUUGGUCGUCUCGGCGACCCGAAUCGAUGCCGCAAGUCAAUCGGCAUACAUCGUCUCGACCUCGGUCGAUCCGUCGCAGCUGAGCGAGAUCGAGCAGGCCAUCUACACACCAUACCACCAGAAGAGCAAGGACAGCGGGUUUGUGCGAGCGGAUCUCAAGCUGAACGGAUGGAUACUUCGGAGGCGCGAUGAUGGGGUGGCUGCCACGUACAUCCUGGACGUCGAUGUCAAGGGCUCGAUUCCUCAGAGCAUUCUCAGGAUGAUCCAGACCCAGUCACCAAUGUGCAUCCUCGGCAUCUCGCAGUAUCUAGGCUCGCACGGGCCCCUUCCCUUCCUGCUCCGCUCCCACGAUGCUUUGCUUCCACAUCGGCCCGUCCAGCUCAAGAAAGUGAGCCAGUCCCCUCGUCAGAUCGACGCCAUGGUCGAGGCAGCCCUGGCGCCAUCGUCCCCGCGAGAAUCGGCCCCAGAUGCUCCCGAGAACCCCAAGGUGUCUCACGGGCGACUGGAAGGCUUGGUGGCGGACUCGCUGGUGCUUUGCAUUCCAAAAUCGAGCCACCCGGGCUUGGACAUCACCAUCGAGCCCGCUCAAGGCAUCCGGAUCUUCAGGCUUGCCAGCGACCCUGCCUUGGCCGGCGUCCUGUCGCCACACGCAACCCACCUUCUCCAGAUCCACCCUCGGACAGGGUCAGAAUCAACGAGCACGGUGCCUUCAGAGAAGUAGAACUGCAUCCGUUUCCGUCGGCACAAGCAAGGGGUGACAUGGAUCCUCCCAUGGUCGACACGUACGAUUCUGCCCCGCUGGACGCUCAUAAGCAAGAGUCUUGUCUCCA